UUAAAGCUAACUACAACAAGGUGCAACUACAUCAACUGAUGAGAAGUUUUAGCAUAUGAGACUGUCGGGAUGAUUUCAUCAUCAACUUGAUUCGCCAAAUAUGUUGGCUGACAAUUUUUCAGUUUCACUGUUGAUUAGAAAACGACAUCGCGGACGAAACACUAGCUAGAACAACAGCAAGCUCAGUAUUAUGCUGGACGUGGGGAAGUGGCCAGUGUUUGCACUCCUUCCUCCUGAGGAACUACGGCUUAUCCGGCAGGCUUGUGUCUUUGGCAGCGCUGCAAACGAAGCCCUCUAUGUCACAGUUAAUGAUGAGGUCUUUGCUCUGGGCACAAACUGCAGCGGCUGUUUAGGGCUCGGAGACCUUCAAAGCACUAUUGAGCCGCGCAGGAUUGAUGUCUUGUGUGGAAAGAAGAUUGUGUCCCUAAGCUAUGGAACAGGACCCCAUGUGGUUAUCGCCACUGCAGAUGGAGAGGUAUUUGCUUGGGGCCACAAUGGCUACAGCCAACUCGGCAAUGGGACCACCAACCACGGACUGACCCCUGCCCUGGUGUCCACCAACCUCCUUAGCAAGAGAGUGACAGAGGUGGCCUGUGGCUCUCACCACACCAUCGCCCUCACAACUGACGGAGAGGUGUAUGCAUGGGGUUACAACAACUCAGGCCAAGUCGGUUCAGGGUCCACUGCCAACCAGCCGACACCACGUCGGGUCAGCAGCUGCCUGCAGAACAAAGUGGUGGUUAACAUUGCCUGCGGGCAGCUCUGCUCUAUGGCUGUUCUGGACAAUGGAGAGAUCUAUGGUUGGGGCUACAACUGCAAUGGACAGCUAGGUCUGGGCAACAAUGGAAAUCAGCAGACACCGUGCAGGAUCGCUGCUCUCCAAGGUGUCAACAUCAUCCAGGUUGCCUGUGGAUAUGCACAUACAUUGGCGCUUACAGAUGAGGGCUUUGUUUACGCCUGGGGAGCCAACUCAUAUGGGCAGUUGGGAACAGGAAAUAAGAGUAACCAAGCCCUCCCCACUCAAAUAAACACAGACAAGGAGAGGAUGGUGGAGGUGGCUGCAUGUCACACCAGCCACACGUCUGCUGCCAAGACCCAGAGUGGGCAGGUUCUGAUGUGGGGUCAGUGUCGAGGUCAAGCUGUGGCCAGCCCCCACCUCACCCAUUUCAGCAGCACAGACGAUGUGUUUGCGUGCUUCGCCACACCUGCAGUCACAUGGCACCUCCUAUCAGUAGAUGGCGACGACUACCUGACCGUGGCCCAGUCAUUGAAGAAGGAGUUUGACAGCCCAGAGAUUUCAGACCUGAAGUUCUUGGUUGAUGGGAAGUGUAUCCAUGUUCAUAAAGCGCUGCUGAAAAUCAGGUGUGAGCAUUUCCGGGCGCUACUGAACGAAACCGAUGAGGACGCCAUAGAAAUCCACCAGUUCUCAUACUUGGUGUACAGAGCCUUUCUGGAGUACCUCUACACAGACACUAUCAACCUGCCACCAGAGGAUGCUAUUGGUUUGCUAGAUUUGGCCACUUUCUACCGAGAGACGAGGCUGAAGAGACUGUGCCAGGAAACGAUUAAGAGAGGCAUCUCUGAGGAGAACGCCAUCACUCUACUCUCAGCCGCUGUCAAGUAUGAGGCGCGGGACCUGGAGGAGUUCUGCUUCAAGUUUUGCGUCAACCACCUAACGGCUGUCACGCAGACCCAGGCCUUUGCAGACAUGGACCACGACCUGCUCAAGAACUUCAUUAGCAAAGCCAGCCGCUACGGGGCCUUCAAAAACUGACUAGAGCGCCCCCAGUAGUGACGGAUCCAACACGAUGAGGUUUAAGCUCACUGAGGUGCUGAGAGUCGACCCUAGACCAAAGUAAACACGAGGCUGAUCAGCACUUCAAAGACUUGUCACCGGGGGUGUAAACACUGGAGAGGCGCAUAGUUUAAGGUUUCACCCUCUAGCUGAUGCCUCUGUGCUGCCCCCCCCCC